GUACUGACGUCACCGAGCGUGCGCGUCGCCGUCUCCCCGCCCCCUGUCUUCCGCCGGAAGUGAGGGUCAAAUCGAGCGGCGUCGGUGGAUCGGUUACGUUGUCAAGGUUUCUUGCUCAAAUACAUUUCACUAAUUUUCCAACCUGAAGUGCAUUCCAGAGACUGAGGGAGCCAUGCUGGACCGAGAUCUCGGUCCGACACCGUCUUAUCCUCCUACAUAUCCGGAGCCCAGUAUUGGAAGACACACACCUUAUAUGUCGCAGCCAGAGUAUAGGAUCUAUCAACUCAACAAGCGCCUCCAGAACUGGACAGAGGAAUGUGACAACCUUUGGUGGGAUUCUUUCACCGCAGAAUUUUUUGAAGAUGAUGCCAUAUUAACUGUGGCCUGCUGCUUGGAAGAUGGCCCAAAACGAUACACAAUUGGGCGGACCCUGAUUCCUCGCUAUUUUCGUAGCAUCUUUGAUGGUGGAGCAACUGAUCUUUAUUUUAACCUGAAGCACUCGAAAGAAUCAUUCCAUGGCAACCUGGUGAUCCUGGACUGUGAUCUGUGCAGCAUGGUCACACUACACAGCAAACCUAUCUUCACCAAGGUGUGCACGGAAGGUCGCCUUUACCUGGAAUUUACCUUUGAUGAUUUGAUGCGCAUUAAGAAUUGGCAUUUUAAUAUCAGACAAAACCGCGAGCUGCUGUCACGUAGCAUCCUCGCGACACACGCCCAGGAUCCUCCAAUGUUGGAACAGUUAUCCAACAGCAUCACCCGCUCUGGUCUCUCCAACUUCACUCUCAACUACCUCAGGCUUUGUGUCAUUUUGGAGCCAAUGCAGGAACUGAUGUCCAGGCACAAGACCUAUAACCUUAGCCCUCGCGACUGUCUGAAGACCUGCCUGUUUCAGAAGUGGCAGCGGAUGGUGGCUCCACCUGCCGAACCUGUCAGACCGCCGACCGCUAAGCGGCGAAAGAGGAAACAAUCUGGAGGCAACGUGGCCACUGUAGGGGCGUCCAGUACCAGCAGUGGGGCCAGCAAAAGGAAGAGCAGCCCUGCCACAGGCUUCAGUCUGUCCACUCAGAUCCUCCAUGCCAUGCACCACUCUUAGGCUGAGAGGACAGACUCCUGAUCCCAGGCCGCUGACAGUGUCGCUGUUGCUCGGCAUCUGAGAGGCGUGUGAGAACGGUCCAGGGCUGAUGCUCACCGUCUCCCCGGAACUCGCUUCACGGGAGAAUUGUGAAUGCAGAACUACAUCCGGUCAGUCCACAGCAUGGUGUCGUGGAGUGCAAGUACACACUGCACAACUCGUAACAACCAUUGUGUAGGAACGAACUGCAGAUGCUGGUUUAAAUCGAAGAUAGACACAAAACGCUGGGUAACUCAGUGGGAUGGGCAGCAUCUCUGGAGAGCAGGAAAGGGUGACGUUUCGGGUCGAGACCCUUCUUCAGACUUGAGGCUGAACAAGGGUCUCGCUGAGUUACUCCAGCAUUUUGUGUCUACCUUAACAACCAUUAUCCCAUUUCCUGUCACAUAGAUAGUGAUUGGCGACCUUUCAUAAAAGAACAGUCGACUUGUUAAAAAUAAAAUAUUAAAUACGUCCGACUACAAGAAAAUUUGGACGAGUAAAUGAAUGCAAGUGAAAAAGGGAAAUGAACAAAGGGAGUGUCUUGUCCAUUUACUGUUAAUAUGUCACUAACGGAGCCAGUGCUGAUUGUACAGUACAUGUUGAGCUGUGCAGAAGGGUCCUGCCUGCGAUACUGAUAGACCUACACUUUGGAUGCAGCAGCCCACCUGCUUCUGAUAAGUGUUGCCCAAAUUGGACUCUGCUGCAUUGUGUAAAAAUAGAAAAACCCUGGAGAAACCCUCAGACCCAGCAGCGGGGGGGGGGGG